GAAAGAACAGAUAGGAGGACUAGCAUGCGCAGAACACGUCAACACCCCGGAGACCACGUUAAAUCUGCGCCCCGCACAAAUACGCGGCAAACACCGUCUGAGGGAGCAGGUGAAGAUGGCAUCCCCUCGGGAGUCUUUCCUGUGCUUGGUCGUGUUGUUAUUUUGUGGGACCGGGCUGCGAUGCACGACCGUCCGACUUCACCAUCACCUCAUUCCCGAAGAACCCAUCGUGACGAGCGCUGUUUGUGUUCUGUCGGAGUCUGUCAACGACAACGUUACGGGAACGUUUAUUCUUCAGCAGAAGAUUAACGUCCAAGUGGUGGUCCGCAACCAGACAGAAUGCACUGACCCGGAUGGAGUGGUCAAAAUCAAAGGCGAUGUCGAAGGAUUGUCUCCAGGACUGCACGGCUUUCAUAUUCACAGAGUGGGAGAUCUUAGCGCAGGUUGUACGGGCACCGGCGACCACUUCGACGUGGGCGUCGGGAGCGAACACGGCGGCCGGCAGGACGUCUGGCGUCACGUCGGAGACCUGGGUAAUGUCGAAGCUGACACCACUGGAGAUUCUCACUUCUUGAUACACGAUUACGUCAUCUCCCUCAAUGGACCUAAUUCCGUCAUCGGGAGGUCGUUCAUUACAACAAGCCGCCGAAGGACGUACCGACGCGGAGAAACUGAAGACUGCCGAAGCGGUCUUGCAGCAGAAACGACUCUACCAGCGACAUCUGCGAUCCUUGCAGAAAGCUUCCACGACUGCAUCCAGGGAGGCUCUCAUACAAGGUUGGCCAUCCCACGUGUCUCCGUGGCUCAACCAGCAAGAACGGCACCUCCGCGAGCGACUCCGCAAACGGCGUUGCUUCGCGGACCAGGAACUUCUGGACGCCGUCGCCACUUCAACCCCUCUCCCUCCUCCACCCCAUAUGACGUCAUAUCGCCCCCCGGGAGAACUGCUAUUUCUACCUCCUUUCCACUUCCCCUUCCACCCCGUUGCGCCACCGUUCGCCGUAGCACCGGAAGAUCUGCUCAAUGACCUCACCAUAUCUCUGCCACAGCCAACGGAAGUGCCGGAAGACCCCGCCGAGGAUCGGACCGUCGUGUCGGAAGU